AUGGAUCUCAUCCACUGCAACGGCGUCGUCUCCUCCCUCGAGAUCUCGAGAACAUCCGGUACGAACGUCCUCCCGCUCUUAUCACUAACCGCCGACAUGAAGCUAAAGGUCGCCUCGGCCAACCUCAAAGCCACCCACGACAAAAUUCGCCGCCUCAAGCGCGAACUCGCAGAGGCCCAAGAAGAUGACGCCAAAUUCCAAGCGCAGCAGAAUCUCGACAUCGCCAUCCAAGCUCUCGCAGACAUGAACUUCGACACCAGCAAGGACAACGACGGCGAGGAGGAUCUGGUGGAUACUGCGAUGGAGAUGGAGCUCUUCCAAGAAUCGAAGCUCAAGGCCGCCACCAAAGCGAGCGAGGAGGAGGAGCUGUUGCAGAGCAUGCGGAACUUGGGCCUCAAGUCCAACCGUCGUACUCGUGACCAGCAGCGCCGCUCUGGUGGUAUCGACAAGCUCAAGCGUUACGAUCCCAAGAAGAGUGGGCAAGACAUCGCGAGGAAGAAGAAGGACUUGACCCGUGCUGUUACCGCUGCUGCUGCGCAGGGUCUCGAGGGUAUGGGGAAGCAAGCCGUGGAGAUGCACAUUCCUGGCGUCGGCAUCGUGAUGGGCAAGAAGACGGCACCCAGAUUGACAGAUUGGUCUUAA